CGACAACUUCUUCAAUAAUCAAAUCCAACUAUCAAUUCUUCAAAAUGUCUCUGAUCCCAAGCUUCUUUGGCAACCGCAGCAACGUGUUCGACCCUUUCUCCCUGGAUGUGUGGGAUCCCUUCGUAGGCUUUCCUCUCUCCACCAACUUUCCCUCCUCCGCCCGUGAAACCAGCGCGGUGGCCAACGCUCGCAUCGACUGGAAAGAGACGCCGGAGGCACAUCUCUUCAAGGUUGAUGUUCCCGGAUUGAAGAAGGAAGAAGUUAAGGUUGAGGUUGAAGAUGGUGGAAUUCUGCAAAUUAGUGGAGAGAGGAGCAAAGAGCAGGAGGAGAAGAAUGACAAGUGGCACCGCAUCGAGAGGAGCAGCGGCAAGUUCUGCCGCCGCUUUAGGCUGCCGGAGAAUGCCAAGCUGGAGCAGGUGAAGGCGGCGAUGGAGAAUGGGGUGCUCACGGUGACUGUGCCCAAGGAGGAAGUGAAGAAACCUGAAGUUAAGGCUAUUGAUAUCUCUGGUUAAGUGAAUAAUCAUCUCAACAGAAUUUCUAAUUUCAUGUAUUUGAUGUUAAUAGAGUAAAACGACGAUGUAAUAAAUUGUGUAAUGUGUGUGUGAGAUGUUAAUAAGAAACUUUUUUUUUAAAAAAAUCUUGCUUUUACUCGAAAUAUAUAGUAAAAAUUAUUACGACUAUUUACUUAUUUAAAGUUGAGGGUCUAGUCAAUUUUGAAGUUUAUGUUUAAUAAAUUAAUGGCAUUAGUCGGCAUCUACUGACUACCUAUAUCAUCAUCAAUUUAAUAUUUUCCACCCUAGAUAAUUCAUGACAUAUAG